CUAGACACUUGGGUUUGAUAUUCAUUCUGAAGGCGUAAGCAAUGGUAAAUCUACUUACAUGAUUUUCACAGGAGGCGAUAGACUUUGUGAUCAGGUGUUUUCAUUCAGAUAGGAGCUGUGGAUAUUGACCAAUCACAAUGGUCAUAUAUCUCACUGACUUCAUUUAUAAACGAACAUUAAAAAGAUGCCUCAGUGCUCGAUAAAAGUAACAUCAAAAAGUGCUGGAUACCCGCUGUACAAUAAGAAAAAAAAAAACAAGAAACAGAAACAGCAAUAAUGAGAAACGGAAGUAACCUUAUUCAAGCUAUAACAAAGAACUCACAGCGGGUAGUAUCAACAACAGCAGCCAGCAAACAAAGCACAAAAAUACUAACGAUUGAUGAAGUAACAACACAAACUUGUCCAUUCAGAAAAUCACUGGACAAAAUUGAAAGCGUUUUGAGACCAACAGAAGAAAUAAAAGCUGUAAUACCAAAAAGUGAAAUACAAUCCUUUCAAAAUGUACCAGGACCAAAAGGGUUACCAAUCGUAGGUACAUUAUUCGACUACUUCAAGAAAGAUGGACCGAGGUUCAACAAAAUGUUCGAGGCAUACAGACAACGAGCUAUAGAAUACGGGCCAAUAUAUAAAGAGAAAAUAGGUCCAAUAUCAUCAGUAAUUAUAAGUGAUCCUUUGGAAUAUAACAAGGUCAUUCGUGCAGAACGCAAGUAUCCAAACAGAAGAGAAAUGGAACCAAUGGCACACUAUAGAAGGAAAAGAAACAUGGGUUUAGGACUAGUUAAUGCGCAAGGGGAAGAAUGGCAUAAACACAGAACAGUAGUCAGUAAGAAAAUGUUGAAAAUGAAAGAGGUGUUGAACUAUUGUGGUGAAAUGGAUACAGUAGCAGACGACUUCAUGCAACAUCUCGCAUCGAGACGAGAUAACCACCAUGAGAUCCAAGGACUUGAAACAGACAUCUUCAAAUGGGCCAUGGAAUCUAUAGGCACUUUUUUAUUUGAAGAACGAAUUGGGUGUCUUGGUGAAAAAACUAAUCCACAAGCUCAGGACUUCAUCGUUAAUCUACAAGGCUUCUUUAAGUUGAUGCAACCAUUGAUGUAUAAUAUUCCCUUAUACAAAAUUUACCCCACCAAAACAUGGAGACAAUACGAAGAGUAUACAGAUAAUAUUCUAAGAAUAGGACGCUCGUUUGUUGACAAGAAAGUUGCACAGCUUCAGACUGCAGGCACACCAGAUGAUGAUCGUGUAUCAUUUCUGACAUACCUGCUAUCCCAGCAAUCUUUAACUCCAGACGAGGCAUUAUCAACUGCAGUUGAUCUUCUAGUCGGGGCAACAGAAACGACAACAACUGGUUCUUUAUGGGUUUUAUAUAACUUAGCAAAGAACCCAGAGGUGCAAGAAAAACUUUACAGAGAAACAAAAAAUGUACUUCAGGACAACGAGCCGAUAACGCCUGAAAAACUUAGCCAGUUGUCUUAUGUAAAGGCUGUAGUAAAAGAGACAUUCAGAUUAUAUCCCAUUACAUUUGCCACCAGCAGACAUAUAGAGGACAAACUAGAAGUUGGUGGAUAUAUGCUUCCAGCUGGGACACAUGUCCAAGCAAACUUAUACGGAAUGUUCCAUGACCCUGUACUCUACCCAGACCCAGAGAGUUUCAAGCCAGAGAGGUGGUUACAGGGAGAAAUGGAUAGAACUCUAAAGUCCCUAUCAAAUCUUGUUUGGGGUCAUGGCGCUAGAAUGUGUAUAGGUAGAAGAUUUGCAGAGCAAGAAAUCCAUAUAAUGUUAACAAAGAUUGUUCAGAAUUUUAAACUUGAAUAUGACAACGAGGAUAUCGAACCAGUUCUGAACACAGUUAUGACACCCGACAGACCACUCAGGCUGAAAUUUAUACCUCGUUCUGUCUAAUUCAAAUGCUCUACAAUCAAUCUGUGAUAUUCAAUUCAGCUCACAUUGUGAUAUUCUUACUUCAUUCAGUAUCAACACAAAAUCCAUUAAACAAUUUACAGCAUGCUCAAUUUUCAACCUGUCUUGCAAUUUUAAAAGAUUAAUAAAUAUCAUUUUGAAUGUAAUUCAUAUUUAUCUGUUGACUGCGCUUUUAAUGGUAUCAUGAUGAUGAACGAUUCUUCCCCGACAGAAGCAAUGUCAUAGUUCUCCUCAUAUGCAUACACAUCUACAAAAUUUUGAAAUUUGAAAAUAAAACACUUCGGAUCACA